AUGGUCAUGGCCGCGACGGCCGACGGCGGAGUGUGCGAGAUCAAGAUGGAUGACAGCGGCCGCCUGACGCACAUCUGGUGGCAAACGAGAGAGCAGGCGCGACAGCGCUCGAGCGAUGACGAUGCUCCGACGAAGGGUGGCGUUGCGUUGGGCGGUGUGCAAGCCAGCCCCGACUCGGAGGUGUCAAGACGGCUGGAUCUACUCAUGGACAAGUCCUUCGGAGAUCUUCAGUUCCUCUCGGACGAAUUUGCGAAGCUGGAGGUCGUGGUGGCGCCGGCAGUGCAGGAGCGGGACGACAGCGGCAAGGCGGGCACAGACUCGAAGCUGGGGAGGCUCCGCUUCUUCACCACACACGUCCGUCGGACGAUGGCCCGGAUGCGGGACGCGAGGAGCGGGCGCGACCCCAUGUCCAUGUCCCAGCUGGCUCUGCUAGAGGAGCACAUCGCGACGUCCAUUGCUCCGGGGGGGGGGGGAGGGGUAUCCAGUUCGCGGAGCUCGUCGGUGUCGAGCAGCAUGGGCGGUAGAGCCGGCGCGGAGGAGCUGGUCGGAGCCGGGCGGGAGGAGGAGGAGGAGUGGUCGGUGGGCCUGGAGCUGCACGACGAGGCGUUCGGCAGCGGCGGGAGCGUUUCUCUGGGCCUGGUGUCGCCCGCCCCGGCGUCGGUCCCCGACAGAGGAGCGGACGGAGGUAUCUACGACCCCCACGCCUGCUCCGCGCGCUUGACGCCUGCAAGUAGCAGUUCUUCCCUCUCGCGCCUCUGCUGGGGCAGCGGCGGCGGAACCGGCGGUAGCGCGGGCGGCGGGGGAAGAGAUGUUGCCCGGGGGGGGAGGCCACACCGUCACACGCGGCGAGAUCACGUGGACAUGCUGAGCCAGCUCGAGGCGGAGGGGGUGUUCGCCGCGGACGACAGCUACUCGCCCUGCGGCGGUGGUGGCGGCAGCCGCGGAGGCGGUGGCAUGGGCGGGGUCGCGUUUUCGCCAGAGCCCCGGGAGGUGAGGUACCAGUGCGGGGCGUGCGCGGCGAGCUACGCGGCGACGGUGUCGGGAAACCCAUGGUGGCUGCUGGUGAGGCAGGAGUGCCCGAUAUGCCACAAGAUGCAAAUACCUCGCGUGGACAUCUUGAAUCCCACCAACAACGUCGAGAGUCACAUCGCGUUUCUGACGGAGAAUGCUUCUGACGGCGAUGGCAGCUGCAUGGACUGGGACGGGGAAACGAGCGAUGAAAACUCCGGCGACGAGUACUCGGGGGACGAGCGGCAAGGGUUGUCCGCGGGAGGAAGCAUGUCGGGCGGCGACGGCAGCGGGCUUGGACCUACCCUGGACUCCGACCAGGCCGCCAAGCUGCUGGUGCUUAUGUGCCACGCCCGGCACUGCCCGGGGAAUCACCGCUCCGCUAGGCUGGCAGAGGUGUGCCGAAGCGUCAAGUUUCUGAUGCUGCACUUGCGAGACUGCGACGGGAAGACCAGGAACGGAGACCCUUGUCCGAUGCCGUGGUGCGAGCCUUGCAUGUCCCUCCUGCAUCACCUCAUCCAGUGUCCGGAGUCGACGGGAUGCAAGGGGCACGAGCACAAGAACAGGGGUGAUCUGCCUAGCCAAACACCGUCAGGUUUCGGACGCCUGAGAACGCUUCGGUUUGCGGCCGUUUUUUCUUGA